CACUAAGGCCCUUAAGUACUAAUCAUCAUCUUAGAAUUGUUUGUUUAGGUACUUCCCAUCAAGGUGGCUAUUCCCAUGAUGCUGUGGUCCACGCAUUACAAAAAUGUGGCAUUCGUCAUAUUGACACAGCAAAAAGAUAUGGCUGUGAAUCUCUCCUCCAAAAAGCCAUCAAAGAAAGCGGUGUGAAGCGGGACGACCUCUGGAUAACUACCAAACUGUGGCAUAGUGAUUAUGGCUAUGAAAACACAAAAAAAGCCUGCUUCGAGUCAUGUGAAAGACUUGGUGUUGAGUAUCUUGAUCUUUAUUUAAUACACUGGCCUGAUGCACAUGUUCUGGGUAAAAGCAAUCGAGAGGUCCGAGCUGAAACCUGGAGAGCGAUGGAGGAGCUCUAUGAGAAAGGUUUGUGUAGAUCAAUUGGUGUAAGCAACUUUCUUAUCAGUCAUCUUGAGCAACUAAAGGAAGACUGUAUGAUUACUCCACAUGUUAAUCAGGUUGAAUACCACCCUUUCCAAAGACCUCAGGAGCUGGUGGAUUAUUGUAGGACCAGAGAUAUUGUUUUUGAAGGCUACUGUCCUUUAGCCAAAGGCGAAGCACUCACUCAUCCUAGUAUCAUUCAGCUGGCAAAGAAAUACGGCAGAACUCCAGCACAGAUUUGCAUACGCUGGAGUAUACAGAAUGGGAUUGUCACUAUUCCAAAGUCCACAAAAGCAGAAAGGAUACAGGAAAACUGCAAGGUCUUUGAUUUUACAAUAGCAGAAGAUGAUACUGAAAUUCUGAAUGGAAUGCAUGAUGGGCGACAUGUGUCCUGGGACCCAAGCCUUAUUGUGUGA